GGGUGAUUUGCCUGUCACAUAAACAGAGUAAAUCCACACCCAGUAGCACAAUCCUACAGCUGCAUUGUCAGACAGUUCAGCCAGGCGACCAAAGGAACCAUGCUCCCUGUGUUUUCGGGAAAGUUAUGCCAGUGUCUCAGUGUAACACGGUUCCCUUCUAUCCUGUUCCUUGGAGUUAUUUAUGUAGCCUAUGUCCUUGUUGGAGGGCUGAUCUUCUGGAAACUAGAAGGAUGGUAUGUGUUGCAACAGAUUGAUCUCCUGAAGGAGAAAAGAAUGAAACUACUUGAGAAGUACCCAUGUGUGGGUCAGAAUGGUCUCCGAGAACUAGCACAGAUGGUAAAAGUUGCAUCCCUAAGUGGCUUAAGUCCAGACAGCAAUGACACCGCAGAUGGCUUCUGGAAAUUUACCAGCUCAUCUGUGUUUGCUGCAACUGUGGUUACAACUAUUGGCUAUGGGAAUAUAGUUCCACUGACGACAGCUGGUCAAAUCUUCUGUGUGUUUUUUGCUGUUUUUGGCAUUCCCUUGAACGUAGUGAUCCUAAAUAGAGUUGGAAAAUACAUGCUGGCCAUUGAGAGAAAUUUUUGCAAUUUUCUGGAGAAAAAAAUUGAUAGAGGGAAAUGUGUACGAAUAUCCAUUCACAGUAUAUCCUUUGUGAGCUCAGCAUUAAUGUACUUUGUGGUUCCUAUGCUGCUUUUUAAAGCAUAUGAGGGAUGGACUUAUGCUGAAGCCAUUUAUUACUGCUUCAUAACACUCAGCACUAUUGGAUUUGGAGAUUAUGUUGCAGAUAACAACCCAGCGAUAAACUACCCAGAGUGGUACAGCUGUCUAAUUGCAGCCUGGAUAUUCUUUGGCCUGGCUUGGCUCGCUCUUCUGAUCAAUCACUCCAUUGAUUUACUGGAGAGUGUGAAUGUUUACAUGAGAGGAAGGCAGAAUGCACAAGCACAAGUGGAGGAGUCCAAAGAACAGCCAAAAAAGGGACUGAAAGGGGAAGAAACAUGAAAAAUUAAUUUAACAGUGGUAUGAAAAACAGGAGGGUGUCUGGUGUAUUAAUAGUAGUGUAUCUAUUCAUCAUAAUGCUAACAAUUAAAACAAUAUAUGGUUAAUUAUUAAUUGAAAUACUGUUUAAUGUAUCUUUCUAAUUUAAAAUUUAUAAAAUUCAAAUCAUAGUUUCUUCUAAAAACUGAGCUAACUGUUUUGAUUACCCAACAAUUUUUUUUUAAAUCAGUAAUGACAUUUAAGCAUCACGUGUCUGACUGACAAUGUUUGGCCUGAAAAUCGCGCUUCGUUCACUUAAAAUGAAUUGCUAUCACACCACAAACCAUCAGGCCUGUAAAACUCACAAUAGUAAAAGAAUGUGUUUAUGUAUUAUAUAAGACCAUUAUUAUAUCCAUUCAGUGAUAUCAAACUAGAACACCAGUUCAUAAUCAUUUUGUUAGAGUGUGAGUUAUAAAAUUACUUUGAGGGAAGGUCUAGCUUUUUAAAGGGAUUUUCUAUAGUUAUUUUUUGAUUUUUGAUUUUGUUAAGGUGUGUAUAAAUGCCACAAUAGUUUUCCUGCCCCAACAU